ACCAAGCAUCUCGGACAGACGAGUCAACCCACAGCGUCCAAGUGUUGUGCGGCCAACACAAACACCACUCUCUCACCGUCAUCUCUUGAACCUCCCCUCUACCCCCUCGUUCAGAGAGCAACAAUGUCCAGCCACCGCGGCGCUGUCGUCAACGACAAGCCUUACUCGGACCCCAACCCGUUGCCGACCUCGGUCCCUCAUGUCGACGAGCUCGGCGUCACCUCGGCCCCAUUGAAGAGCGCCGCCUUCUUCAUCGGCGACUACUGCAAGGAGGUCAACGAGGACUUUAUGCUCUGCAAGAACGAGAACCGCGACCCCGCCCACUGCCUCGCCGAGGGUCGCAAGGUGACCCGCUGCACCCAGGAAAUCAUUGGCAAGAUCAGGGAAACCUGCCUCGCCGAGUUCGACGCUCACUGGAAGUGUCUCGAGAAGAACAACCAGUACUUCCAGGCGUGCAGGAAACCCGAGAAGGCUUUGAACUCUUGCGUGUUCACCAAGCUGAGCCUGAAGAAGACCAUCCCAGGAUCCCCAGAAGGCCAGACCCAGGUCAACGAGAAGAAGUGGCCCAUUUACACCACCGUGCAAAAGUAGAGAAUAGGCAUUAUGCACAAUGAUACUGCAGAGA